GGGACAUGGCAGGUUUCCCAGGCGGAGUUUUGAUCGACACCUCGGUCAUUAACUGCCGAAACUCCUCAAGUUGGAGAUAGCUAGAAAGGAGCCCGUGAUGGCCUCAUCAGACGCCAAGCCGCUCACAGCACAGUGCCAAUGCGGUUACGUGUCGUUCCCAACGCCAACAACGAAGCCGAUCACUAUGUUCCACUGCCACUGCACAGAAUGCCAAAGACAGAGCGGAUCAGCCUUCGGCACAUCCGCCAUCUUCCCAGCCGAGGGACUAUUCCCUCUCGCGCCCGAGCUAGAGUCUCGUCUAAAAGUCUUCAGGCGGCCUACCAAUAAUGGGCGCUCCUCAGAUUGCUAUUUCUGUUCCGAGUGCGGCUCGCGCAUGAUUCAUCGCAUCAUAAGCGCGGACGGGACGCCUCGCUCGUCUGUUAGUAUUAAGGGUGGCUGCAUAGAAGGCUUGGAUUGGGACGGGAAGAUGCAUAUCUUCACGCGUUCGGCUGUUAUGAAAAUUCCUAUCGAAUGGGAGCAGUACGAAACUCUACCUCGGUGGAUGAAGAUGGAUUAAGUGAUUGGACGUGUUGGGAAGGGGAGUUAGAUGGGUUGUAUAAGACGGGCACCUAUAAGUUAGGUACUUUCUUAUAAGUGAUAGAUAAGAGAUAAGGGGAAAGAAGAUGUACUGUAGUAGAAUGACUCGGUUAUACAAUUAUGGUAUAUGCACGAAGGUCCGGAAUACCUAGGUACCUAGGGUAUUUUAAUUUUAGAUGCAAAUUGUGACGCCCUUCUGAUGCAAAGCGAGA